AUGCAGCUCAGCGCCAAGUUUGCCGCCCUCCUCGUCCUCCCCGCGCUUGCCGGCGCCAUCAGUGUCAACUUGCCCAAGGGCGACGCCACCAAGGGUCUCAUUGCUCCUAGCCUGGGCACCUUCCUGAAGGGCGACGGAUGCGACCCCAGCAAACCGCGCUACAACGUGCAAAUCAAGUGGGACAACUGCGGACCCAACCGCAUCUUCGACAUCUACCUGGCAGCGGUCAGCUCCAACGAGGCCGUCCCACGGUGCAUCUACUCGGUUGCAAGGUCAACUGACGGUACCAGCGAGACACUCAGCAUUCCGACCAACAGCGGUGUCCGGCUUGUGCCCGUCGAGCGCAGCACUGGCGCCCAUGCGCGCUCGAUCUCGAUUGCAAGCGACUACGUUAUCAGUCAAGGGGUCCGUGGCUCGACUCCGGUGGAGUCGGACACCAGGCUCUACGCCAAUGCCGAACCGGAGCCUUGCUCGGCUGCUGAAGCACCCAAAGAACAUGGCUCCUGCACGCUUCCAGUCUACAGUAUGAGCUUCUUGGCGAAGCCGAAGCCGCAAUCCACCUAUGUCUACGAGUACACCCUCUGGGGAGGCAAGGACAGCAAAGACGCUUGGCGCUGCAGCUCCGCCAACCAGCAAGACAACCUGAACAACUAUCGCACGUCCGACGAGCCUUGGGCCCCCCUCACUUACACCGGACCUCCCUCCGCCAAGGAGUUCCCUUACCUCGACAUCCGGCUGUGCAACCCCGAUGGUCCGGAGGUCGACCAGGAUUGGUGCCUUGUCAAGGACAAGUGA